AUGGAUGCACGCCACAGCGAGCAGGUCACGCCGCACCUAGACACAAUUUGUUGGUCAUGGGACUUUCUCUGCUUAACAAGAACAGACCCCUUCAAGUACAGCUACCCUCCUCUCCCUGAUGACGACUUCCAAACACCCAUCUGUGAAAACGGGCCGAUAGUCAGUGAGGACGAGCUGGAGAGCAAAGAGGGGGACAUGGAGAGCAAAGACGCCCUGGAGUCCAGCUUCAGCUCUGAGGUAGCAGUAAAGCCCAAAAAGGUGAAUUUCCUGGAAGACAGUUUGAGAUCAGAGGACAAUGACAAAGGAGACACUAGCUCCAGGACCAAAGGGGCCAGAAAGCCACUGACUACCUUCAAAGGCGCUCUGCUAGAUGUUAGCCCCGCAGAGGAGCUCAGCUUUGGUUCUGCAGAGACGGAGAAAAGAUGCCUCAUUAUCCUGAGCAAUGUGACCAAAAAUAAAGUGGCCUUCAAGGUACGGACCACAGCACCUGAGAAGUACAGAGUGAAGCCCAGCAGCAGCUUCUGUGAACCAGGAGCGUCAGUAGAUAUAGUCGUGUCUUUACAUGGAGGUUCUCAAGCAUCGCCACAGGACAGAUUCUUGGUCAUGGCUGCCGAGAUGGACAAUUCUUUAUCACAAGAACUCGCACAGUUCUGGAAAGAAGUGCAGAAAGCCAAGAUCAUGGAACACAGAUUGCGCUGUCACGUUGUGGAGAGCCUGAAACAAACAGUGAGUCUUCUCAGAGACAGCCCUGUGGAGACGGUCUCCGGCGGGCAGCAGGAAAUUUACACAGCGGCACUGGAUGAUAACAUACAUUUCACAUCACUCCUGCAAGUGAUGACCUGCAAUGCCCGGCUGGAGCAGAAGCUGAACUCGUGCCUGUGGGUGCAGAAGGUUCUGAUCGGGCUGGUGCUGAUCCUGGUCCUGCUGAACCUGCUGUGUCUGCGCCUGCUGACCAGCUCCCAGCAGCCAUCCUGACCUGCCCCCGCCCGCUCCACCGCAGACAUUCCUGACCCCCCACCCCCGCGCGGGCUGCUGCCAUGGAGGGGAACAGGGCCCCCUUUAGGGAGUCGUUGUGGAGUCUCCAUUUGAAGAGACUUUAUUCGUCUCUUUUCAGGCACUUGAGAGGGACUCUUUUAACAAAGUGACAUCAAAGCAUUAAUGUAUUUUUUAAGAUGCAUCAAAAGAUAAAUAUGUAUUUAUUACUAAAAACAAAACAUGGAGGAACAAUUACUAAUUCUGUGAUCAUAAUGUACAAUUUUUUACAUAUUAUAUAAAUCUAGAGAAUAUAAAAUAAACACUUUUU